AUCUUUAGUGACUGCCUUCCACAACUCAAACCCGUAAACUUGGUGACUACUUUCCCAACUCGAGCCCGUCCGCCCAACUUAUACAUAACUAUCCUCUGUUAUUCUGAGAUGUCUGUUUUUUUCAAAUUUCCCUCUCAGCUUUCUUACCAAGAAAAUGAACCUCUAAAUUUAUGCUCCAAUCUCUAAAUCUGUGCAUCUACUACUACAAUUUUCAUACAAAAAAAUAGCUUAAUUCCUCUUUCUGCUUGAAAUUAUUAUCAAAAAAUCAUGUAUAAACCCAGAAAUUUGAUUAAAAUAAGCUACUCUUUUACAUUUUGGGGUUCAAAUUAUUUGCUAAGUAAUGAUCAUGGCCGCCUUCUGAACCGUCCAUUCCUUUCAAGAACAUAUUCAAAACCCAAGAAACAGAUUCCAUUGCAAAUGAAAUCAGAACCCCACUUGGAAAAACAGUCCAUUUUUAGCUGCAAUAAAAUGAUUACGAAUUUAGGCCGUCAAGGUAAAGUUAAAGAAGCACGGCAACUGUUCGACGAAAUGCCUCAAAGGGAUGUUGUUUCUCAUGCUUCGAUGAUUACUAUUUAUCUUAAACAUAAGGAUCUUCCUAAAGCAGAGAGAUUGUUUUAUUCCAUGCCUGAGAGGAAUGUAGUGUCUGAUUCUGCUAUGGUUCAUGCUUACGCGAAAGCUGGGAGGAUCGAUGAGGGUCGGAGAAUCUUUGAUUUGAUGCCAGAUAGAAAUGUUUACGCGUGGACCAGUUUGAUUUCUGGGUAUUUUCAGAACCGUAGAGUGGACGAGGCUCGAAAGUUGCUUCAACAAAUGCCUGAGAAAAAUGUGGUCACGUGGACUACAGCGAUGGUGGGGUAUGCUCAAAAUGGUUUGAUUGCUGAGGCACGAUGUAUUUUCGAUCAGGUUCCUGAGAAAAAUGUCAUUGUUUGGACGGCUAUGAUCAGGGCUUAUGUUGAAAAUCAUCAAGUCGAUCAAGCCCUUGAGCUAUUUGAUAAGAUGCCAGAACGUAAUUUGUAUUCUUGGAAUGUUAUGAUUCAAGGCUGUUUAAAUGAUAACAGGGUGGAGAAAGCUUUGGAACUGUUUAAUGCAAUGCCAUGGAGAAAUAUGGUUUCUUGGACAACUGUUGUUACUGGUCUUGCACGAAAUGAGAUGAUAGAAAUGGCAAGAGAGUACUUUGAUCAAAUGCCAAACAGGGAUCCUGCUGCAUGGAAUGCCAUGAUAACAGCUUAUGUUGACGAAGGCCUAGUGGCCAAGGCCAACGAACUUUUUGAUUCGAUGUCUAAUAAAGAUCUUGUAACUUGGAAUGUAAUGAUUGAUGGGUAUGCUAAAAGUGGCCUCGACGGUGAAGCCUUAAAGCGUUUCAUUCUCAUGCUUCGGUCGGGCUUAAGGCCGAAUCCUACUACUCUUACCAGUGUAGUGACCUCAUGUGGGGGCAUCCAGGAAUUAAUGCAAGCUCAUGUUCUUGUUUUACUUCUAGGAUUUGACCAAAACACUUCACUUAAUAAUGCUCUUGUCACGAUGUACUCCAGAUGUGGAGAUAUAAACUCAUCAUUGAUUACUUUUGAGAAUCUAAAAGUAAAGGAUGUUGUUUCGUGGACAGCAAUAAUACUGGCAUAUGCUAAUCAUGGUCUUGGCAAACAAGCAUUGCAAGCCUUCGCGCAGUUGUUAAGGUCCGGUAACAAGCCAGAUGAAAUCACUUUUGUGGGACUCUUGUCAGCUUGUAGUCAUGCUGGUCUUGUUAAGAAAGGUCAAAAGUUCUUCGAGUCAAUGAGGCAUGCCUAUGGUUUAGAACCAAGGGCAGAACAUUAUUGUUGCCUUGUUGACAUUUUAGGUCGUGGUAAGUUAGUUGAUGAAGCUAUAAGGGUGGUGCACCAGAUGCCUCCUGAGGAACGUGAUGGUGCUGUUCUAGGGGCUUUACUUGGUGCUUGUAAGUUGUAUGGAGAUGUUGGAGUAGCUAAUCAGAUCUGCAAUGAAAUAGUAGAGCUUGAACCGGGUAACUCAGGGGCUUAUGUACUGAUGGCAAACGCUUAUGCAGCUUCUGGGAGAUGGGGUGAUUUUGCGCAAGUAAGAAAGAAAAUGAAGGAGAGGAAGGUGAAAAAGGUACCCGGUUUUAGUGAAAUAGAAGUCAAUGGGAAAAAUCACAUAUUUUUUGUGGGAGACAAGUCUCACCCUGAGAAAGAGGAGAUUUACACACUUAUUAAAGAAAAUUUAUUGCCUCUAAUGCAAGAGAAGAUGAUUUAGAUGAAUCAAAGAGAUGCAUCGAAAACCAGGGAUUGAAGAAUUUAAUUUGAAAGGUGACCAGGUCAGGCGAUUAGAUUACACUCCUAUUCAAAUGUUAGUUCACUCUGACCACCUUCUAUCCCCUUCAAUUGCUUGUGAACGGAGCUAGAGGCCCCUAUACAGGUUCGGCACCAGCUGAGGGUAGACUUUGGGACUCAUUAUCCAUUGAGUUUCGAACCGUGCACCACCUGACUCUCUCGAGAAAGUGAUUUUUUUUUGGUUAUACUAACAAAAUGCACAUGUAAACAUUUCUUUGUUGAUGCAAAAGAAAAUCACAUAUGUACAUUUCUCUAUCAUAAAUCCUUGCUUGAGGUGUGUAAACGAGUUAAUACUCUUCUGUUCUCCUGUUGUGCAUAUAAAGUCGAUCAAGCUCUUGAGCUAUUUGAUAAGAUGCCAGAACGUAAUUUGUAUUCUUGGAAUGUUAUGAUUCAAGGUUGUUUAAAGGAUAACAGGGAGGAUAAAGCUUUGGAACUGUUUAAUGCGGUGCCAUGGAGAAAUGAGGUUUCUUGGACACUAUCGUUACUGGUCUUGCACGAAAUGGGCCUCUAAUGCAAUAUAUGAUUUGGAUGAAUAAAAGAGAUGCAUUGAAAAAAAGGAUUGAAAAAUUUCAUUUGAACCAUUUGCUUAUGAAAAUUCCGAAGCUCUCCGUAGAAAGGCGACCAGGUCAGUUUUAUUCACCUUUAAGUCAUGUACUGUGGGAGUAGAGAACAUUUAAUAUGGGAGUCUCAUAUAUUAGUCCUGUUGUGCAUAGAAAUGAAACAUAACCUUAUCAAGGAAUCCCACAUUGAGAACUAACAAAAGUCAGAAAGGAGAGAAGUCGUUUAA